UCAGUCAUAAUCUGAAUUCAGUUAACAUGUUUUCCUGUGUCCUUAGCCAAACAUCUCUUUUACAUGUCCUCACCACAUAAACCAGGAAACUCAGCUUUUAGUCAAAUUCACAAGGAAGCUACUCUUCAAACAUGAGGAAACAUUGGUUGCAGUCACUCUAUAAUGACCUCUUUAACCUUCAAAUAAAUAUUCAGGUUGCUGCAAGAAAACUGUUCACCAUUGUAUAUACACUUGUAUAAAAAGGUUUACAGUAUCUUAUUUUACAUUACUCAUAUUACUGUAACAAACAAUUAUAUCAAUAUUCAGUAUAACUUUUCAUUUGCACUGGUUCUGAUCAUUUACCUUUUAGUUUAUCACAAAAAUGUAACCAAAUUCUAAUUUUAUUGAAAAUCUUAAGGCAUAAAAACACACAUCAACUAAAAUGACCCUAGGCAAACUCUUUAUUUAUUCUAUUAGUCAUAAUAAUGUAAAUGUCAUAAUGUUUAACUGGAUGUGAUGUUUUUUUGUUAUUGCUUGUUAUUUGUUUGCCGUUUUUAUGCUUCAGAAGUAGUUUGAGUAUACUGAUCAUUGAAAUGCAACUGUAGGACACUUUGUUUUAGCUGAUAAUUAUUUAGUUUGAGAGAGAUGAAAAAGAGUCAACAACAUUGAAUCUGAACGACGUGUUGAAAAGAAUCAUUUACAUAAAGUUAUACCAAUGAAACACAAACACAGCUGGUGGUCAUGACUAUAUAAAGCUUCCUUCUACCAUCAGUAGGUCAGUAUGUUGAUGAGGACGAUGAUGGACACAACCUUACUGAAAGUGUUUUAUCUCUCAGGGUGGUUCAUCUUCUCCUCAGGUCUUUACCAUGAGUAUCACUUUGUUAAUACAAAUUUGACCUGGAGUCAGGCUCUGACCUACUGCAGAACCACAUACACAGACCUGGCAACCAUUGAAACCAUCACUGAAAUGAAUCAAGUUAUUAACAUUUCCUCUAGCAGCAACUCCCAGGUCUGGAUUGGUCUGUACUAUGGUUAUUAUGGGCAGUGGACAUACGACAUUAGGGCCUUUACGUUAGUAGAUUGGCAGAACCAAAUUGAGAAUGGUCAGCUUUUACAGUAUUGUUUAAGUCGUAGUUUUUCAACUAAUGGAGGAUGGAGUGAUGAAAACUGUUCACUUGAACAUCCCUUUGUCUGUGUUAAUGGAACACAGGAGGUUUAUGUGAAUCAGCCUAUGGACUGGUUCACAGCCUGGAGGUACUGCAGAGAGAACUUCACUGACCUAGACUCUUAUGGUUACGUACCAUGGAAUCCCAGCUCAUGGUUGUACAACGCAUGGUACAACAACCAAAAUCUGAACAAUUUGGUGCCACCUGAUGUGCGAGUCUGGAUCGGCUUUGUUUUGCAUCCACAAAUGUACUGGUCUGAUCGCAGCAGCUCCUUAUUCAGAUACUGGGAUAACAGUACAUUCUCCUAUGGCUCUGUAUAUGCUGGCUGGCUCCGUGGUGCUGUGGAUUUGCAGAGAUCAGGAAAAUGGAGGUUACUUCCCGAUUAUGCAACGUUACCAUUUGUCUGCUAUGGCAGCCUUAAAGUUUCUACAACCACACAGGCUCCUACGGUGGAUAAGAAGAGUAUAACAGUACUUAAACUCAGACUCAGCUCCUCUGUGGAUCUGAACAAUCCUAAUGUGAGUGACAACAUUCUGAAACAGCUGCAGGACAGACUGAAGGAGAAAGGAGUGAGUGGAGUCACACUGAGGUGGAGGAAACAGCCUGAUGGGAAAAUCUUUCACAAGGAGGAAAAACCUACACAUGUGAAUGAUGGAUGUUGAGUUAGUGUGUGAUCAUUUAUACAGUUCGUUAUAUAUAAAGAAAUUGGAGAAUGUUUAGCUGUAGCUGUUGUAAAAUAGAAAAAAAAAUGUGUCUGAACAGCAAAUAUAUCUAUUUAAAUUCAUGCUUGAGAAUAAAA